AUGAGCAGGUCAUUGUGGGAGAAGAAGAGGGAAGAAGUUGCGCAUCUAAACACAAACGGGGGGGUCGGAAUAGGGGUAAGAAGCUCCCCCCGAAGGGUUGUCGGGGCAGCGGGGGCGGCGGAACGGGGAUGCGAGAAAGAGAUGCACCAGGGGGGAGAAAAAGAGAAUGACGACGGCAGGGGGGCUGACCGGGAGCGGUUGCGGCGGCACGAGGGGGCGGUGUUGCCGGAGAAAGCGAAAGGCGAACGGGGGGCGGUUGUCAGAAGAUGCGGAACGGGUGCAGAUGAUGCACCGGGGGCAGAGCGCAGCGGAGAAGCGGAGAAAGGCCCUGGUGCGCCGGUUGUUGCGAAGGACCCGGGGGAUCCCCUCAAGGACAUGUUGGGCACGCUGCUGCGAACAAUGGUCGAGAUCGAGCUUUCGCGGCAGCGGCAUGGUCGGGACAAGAACAGCUCUCGGCACGGCGAAGCCAGGCUUGGGAGCAGUGGCCGCGUGUGCGCCGGCAACAUUCCGGCGGCUGCUGACCCUGAUGGACUUCGCCGCUCUUCUUUGCUUUGGCUUGUGAAGGCGGGUAGUAAUUGGCAGGGGCCAGCCGAAGGCCUUCAGGAGGCACCACAGACGCGUGGCUCAAUUGGGACGACUGAGCUUCGACGACGUCUACUACAUGGCGCGAUACCACUCCACUUUUAAUUUCGACAAUGCGAAGCAAGCACGAAGAUCAAGCCCGGCCUGGUGACUGUGGAUGCGCCGUUAGGUUGUAUUCCCUGCAAAACGUUGUAUAGCCUUCCUUGUUUCGUGUUAAUGACGAUAUCAACGGUAUUGACGUUUAGAGUGACAGCCAGGGCCAAUUUUUUAUCUUGAACUUCUGCCGUGGCAGCCUACUAAUGUUGCA